AUUAUUAUCACCAUUAUAUAAAUAAUUAGGAAAUCAUAAUUAUGAUUUCAAGGUGAUAAAUGUGUGGCUCACAAUGAUCUCCUAAUCUCAUUGAGCUCACACUUUCUCCUAUAAAUAGGAGUCAUUCUCAUUGUAAUUAACACACCAUGGUUACACCAUUAUCACACUCUCAAUAAUAUAAUCUAUCACUAAGUGUUCAUACUAUAUUUCUCUCCCUGAUCUUCUGCUUAUUUCCUUCCAUAUUAUAACACGUUAUCAGCACGAAUCUGCUCCAAAUCCGUGAAAUCAUCAUCUCUCAGCAGAUAUGGAGUUAACUAAAAUUUCUCCAAGUGGCUCUGAACAAUGUCUAAUAGACAGUGCCACAACGCACACCAUUAUCACACUUCUAAUAACAUCUUUCUCACUAAGUAUUCAGACUAUACUUUCUCUCCCUGAUCUCAGGUGUUGCUAAACUCAUUGAAGGUUCUGGAAUAGCCUGUGUGAUUCUCCCAAAAGGGACAAAAUUAAUAAUUAAAGACGCUUUAUACUCCAGUAAAUCACGGCGAAAUCUUUUGAGUUUUAAAGAUAUGCGUCUAAAUGGUUUUCAUAUUGAAACCAUGUCUGAAAAUCAAAAGGAAUAUUUAUGUCUAACCACAAAUAGAUCUGGCAAUAAAUACAUUUCUGAAAAAAUGCCAGCAUAUUCCUCGGGACUGUAUUAUACAUAUAUCAGUCCAAUUGAGAUAAAUGUGGUAUCUAAAAUUUAUGACCACAAUUCCUUUAUCUUGUGGCAUGACCGUUUAGGUCAUCCAGGCAGCACUAUGAUGCACAAAAUUAUUGAAAAUUCACGUGGACAUUCAUUAACUAAUGUCAAGAUUCCACAACAAGUGAUUUUCCGUGCACUGCCUGUUCUCUUGGCAAAUUAAUUAUCAGGCCAUCUUUAUACAAAAUUGGAGUUGAAUCUCCUGCAUUUUUAGAAAGAAUUCAAGGAGAUAUUUGUGGGCCAAUUACCCCUCCGUGUGGACCGUUUCGAUAUUUUAUGGUGCUCAUUGAUGCAUCAACACGUUGGUCACAUGUCAGUCUUUUAUCGACUAGAAAUUUUGCAUUUGCAAAUCUCCUUGCUCAAAUUAUUCGUUUGAGAUCACAAUUUCCGGAUUAUUCGAUAAAGAAAAUCCGACUUGAUAAUGCAGGAGAAUUUACAUCCCAAUCUUUUAAUGACUAUUGCAUGUCAAUUGGGAUUGAUGUGGACAUCCAGUUCGAUCCACAUGUACAUACACAAAAUGGUCUUGCCGAAUCCUUAAUUAAGCGAUUACAAUUAAUUGCUAGACCAUUAUUGAUGAAAUCCAGAUUACCAUCAUCUGCAUGGGGAUAUGCUAUAAUGCAUGCUGCAAAUUUAAUUCGGCUUAGGCCAACGGCAUAUCAUAAAUUUUCCCCAUUACAAUUAAUAUCUGGUAAAGAACCAAAUAUGUCACACCUAAAAAUAUUUGGUUGUUCUGUGUAUGUACCAAUUGCUCCACCUUAUCGUACUAAAAUGGGUCCUCAAAGAAGGCUGAGAAUUUGUGUUGGUUUUAAAUCACCCUCAAUUAUUAAUUAUCUAGAACCUAUGACCGGUGACUUAUUCACCGCGCGGUUCGAUGAUUGUCGUUUUGAUGAGACAGUAUUCCCAGCCUUAGGGGGAGAUAUUAAAGAAAUGGACCCACGUACGAAAGAUAUUACUUGGAAUGCAACAAAUUUAUCUUUUCUUGAUUCUCGCACAAAUGCUUGUGAACAAGAAAUUCAAAAGAUUAUUCAUUUACAAAAUGUUGCAAACCAAUUGCCUGAUGCUUUCACAGACUCAAAGAAAGUGACAAAGUCACAUGUUCCAGCUAUGAAUGCUCCUUCUCGAAUAGAAAUUCCUGCGGAGAUUAGCGAAAGAACACUUGCUAAUGAAUCUAUGAUACGUAAAAAACGUGGUAGACCACUUGGUUCAAGAGAUUUGAAACCAAGAAAAUUUAAACAACAAGUUGUAGUGUGUGAUGCCAAAGAAGUUCAACCUUCUCAAGAAGAAAAUGAACAUUUUGAAAAUAUCGCCCUUGAAGAUAACAUCAAUAAUAAUGAUACCUCAAAAGAGGAUCCAAUCACCUUCGAAGAGGUAAAUAUUCCAGAUAAAGAUAGAAACGUCGAUAAUUUUGAAAUUUCAAUUAAUUACGUUUCUAAUGGAAUACAAUGGAAUAGAAAUGAUAUUGAUGUUAAUGAUAUAUUUUCAUAUGCCAUCGCCAUAGAUAUAAUGAAUGAACACGAUGACAAUGAGCCUAAAUCUAUUGACGAAUGUCGUCGUAGAAAUGAUUGGCCAAAAUGGAAUGAAGCAAUUCAGGUAGAAUUAAAAUCGCUAGAAAAGCGUAAUGUUUUUGGACCAAUUGUCCAUACGCCAAAAGGCGUAAAACCUGUCGGUUUUAAAUGGGUUUUUGUGCGUAAACGCAACGAGAAAAAUGAAAUCUUUAGAUACAAAGCCCGACUUGUUGCCCAAGGUUUUUCUCAAAUGCCAGGAAUCGAUUAUGAUGAGACGUAUUCUCCAGUAGUUGAUGCUACAACUUUAAGAUUUUUAAUUGGCAUGUCUGUUUUUGAAAGGCUACAAAUGCGCCUAAUGGAUGUGGUGACCGCAUAUUUAUACGGUUCACUCGAUACAGACAUAUAUAUGAGAAUUCCUGGAGGCUUUAAAAUACCUGAUGCUUAUAGCUCGAAAUCUCGAGAUUUAUUUUCCAUAAAAUUGCAAAAGUCAUUAUAUGGAUUAAAACAAUCUGGACGCAUGUGGUAUAACCGUCUCAGUGAAUAUUUGAUUAAAGAAGGGUAUAAAAAUGAUCCUAUUAGUCCAUGUGUUUUCAGUCAGCGAUCCGAAUCAGGAUUCGCCAUAAUUGCAGUAUAUGUUGAUGAUUUGAAUAUAAUCGGAACUCCUAAUGAAAUUGAAAAUACUGCAAAAUAUCUCAUGAAAGAAUUUGAAAUGAAAGACCUUGGGAGAACAAAAUUUUGUCUCGGCAUUCAAAUUGAACAUUUGAGAAAUGGUAUUUUCAUCCACCAAUCAAAUUAUACCGAGAAACUUUUGAAGCGAUUUUACAUGGAUAAAGCACAUCCGCUCAAUUCUCCAAUGGUGGUUCGAUCUCUCAAUGUGCAUGAUGAUCCUUUCCGACCUUGUGAAGAUGAUGAAGAAAUCCUUGGUCCCGAAAUACCAUAUUUGAGUGCUAUUGGAGCAUUAAUGUAUUUGGCUAAUAAUACUCGACCACAUUUUGCUUUUUCUGUAAAUUUAUUAGCCAGGUACAGUUCUUCCCCAACAAGAAGGCAUUGGAAUGGUGUCAAACAUAUAUUCCGAUAUCUCAAUGGUACAAUCGAUCUUGGAUUGUAUUUCAAGAAUGGUGCAAAUGCCACUUUAAUUGGCUACGCGGAUGCAGGAUACUUGUCUGAUCCACAAAAGGCAAAAUCACAAACAUGAUAUUUAUUCACCUAUGGUGAUACCGCUAUAUCAUGGAGAUCAAUGAAGCAAACAUUAACUGCAACAUCAUCAAAUCAUGCAGAAUUAAUUGCUCUUUAUGAAGCAGGUCGUGAGUGUGUCUGGUUGAGAUCAAUGAUCCAGCACAUACAAAAUGAAUGCGGUAUAAAAUCUUUUACUUCUAAUCCUACUGUGAUUUAUGAAGAUAAUACAGCAUGUAUAGCUCAGAUCAAAGGAGGUUACAUCAAAGGGGACAGAACAAAGCAUAUAGCACCAAAACUUUUCUCCACACAUGAUCUUGAGAAAGACGGAACGGUUGAUGUCAAACAAAUCAAGUCAUGCGACAACCCUGCUGAUUUGUUCACAAAGUCAUUGGCACCGAAGAAAUUUGAAGAACUGGUCCAUAAAAUUGGAAUGUAUCGUCUUCGAGAUAUAUGUUAAAUUGAGGGGGGGUAAUAUAAUGCACUGCACUCUUUUUCCCUUCGUCAGGUUUUUAUCCCACUGGGUUUUUCUUGACAAAGGUUUUUAACGAGACAGUACGUUAUAAUACUAUGAAACUAAUACCCCAGAAUAAUUAGAAGAUGACCAUUCAAGGGGGAGUGUUGAAAUAUAAUUGAAUUAGUCAUCUUCCAACUAUUCCUGAUUAGGAAUUAUUAUCACCAUUAUAUAAAUAAUUAGGAAAUCAUAAUUAUGAUUUCAAGGUGAUAAAUGUGUGGCUCACAAUGAUCUCCUAAUCUCAUUGAGCUCACACUUUCUCCUAUAAAUAGGAGUCAUUCUCAUUGUAAUUAACACACCAUGGUUACACCAUUAUCACACUCUCAAUAAUAUAAUCUAUCACUAAGUGUUCAUACUAUAUUUCUCUCCCUGAUCUUCUGCUUAUUUCCUUCCAUAUUAUAACAGAAAUAAGUUUGUUUAGCAUCUCACCAGCAAAUCACCUCCAAACAUUCACCUUACUCCCAACUCCCAAGUCGAUAAUUGCCAAAUGAAAGACACUCAUUACUACGAACUCCCUGAAUUGCCAGGCAUGGGCGUGCCUAGCAGGGAGGCACGUCGUGCCUGGCCAUGAUGCGCGGGAUUCCCCCGGAGGCACGGUUGAAGACACUGUCUGCCUCUGAAAAUCCUAAUUCAGCUCAAAUUUCACCCGUUUUUUUAUUUAAACGGCCCGUAAAUCUCCUUUUUGAGGGGGCUUAGAGAGAGUGCCGAACACGAAAUUUAGAGAGCUUUUCGGCCUUGUUUAUCAAUGUUUUGGGAUUUUUUUGUAAGUUUCAUCUUUUUAAUUAAUGACAAUUAAUUCUUUUUAUUCCCCAUUUAGUCUUGUCUCCACCCCACUACCAUUGGUUACUCCCAGAGACCCAUAUUUUUCUAAAAAUGUCCAGAAAAUAUUAAAAAUUGUCCGAUUUCUUUGUUUUGAAAAUAUUCUUAGAAACUACCUGCAACCACAAAAAAUUUUAAAAAAUUGAAAACACUUUACAUAUAUAAGAAAUUAUAUUGAAGCCUAUUUAAACAUUAGAAAGCUAUAUAGCAAAACAGGAAAAAUAGUUAUAUACUAUAGAGUAGUAUUUAUUAUAUAGAAAAUGCUCAUAUACCAUGCUCCGUAUAUAUUGCUUAUAAAAUUAUUAUUAAUAUUUUUACUUCUUAAAGAGAAAGUAAAAUGUAAGAAAGUACAGGAAUUAUGAUACAUUUACAAAUAAUUCGAAGAAAAACACACAAAAUGUAUAAAAAAAAUUGGAAAUAAUUUAAAGGGGGACUGGCUUUUCCGUUUGGAAAUAAUAAAUUUCGACUUGGUUUUUUUGGAGGAAUGUAUAACAUUGUAUUCCAUUUUUUUAAUUUUCUUAUGUUUUUACAUUUUUGAAUAAUUUAUAAAUUCACAUUAUUAUAUAAUGUUUGAUUUUUACAAAAUUUAGAUUUUUAUACUCCGUAAUUUUUUGUGUUUUUUUAUUAUUUAAAGAUUUAAAUAUUAUUAUAUUUUUUACAUCUCAAUUACUAACUACUCCGUAUAUCUUUCAAAAAAAUAAUGACGUUUUUCACAUUUUUUUUCAAAUAUCACAAUUUGAAGAAUGUAACUUGUGCUAUGGAGGACGGAGGUCGUGUUCCCGGCUGAUUUUGUUUCUAACUAAGCAUGCUUAUUUGUUAUUAAUUAUUAUAUCAUACUACGUAUGUACGUGUUUUAUGGACAAGAAUUUAUAUGCGACAAGAAUUGUUUUUGAAUUUAUGUAAGAGAAAAUUAUUAGAAAUAUGAUAAAACGAGAUGUUAAAUUAAAGGUGUUUUAAUUUGGCUGUACGGUAAAAAUUUUUGUGUAAUAUGUGAUGGGGUUUUUACUUGGAUAUUACUAAUUUUGAACCAUUUACCCAAAAAGUGAUCACUUUUAAAAGGGGGCAAAAAAGUGAUCAAGAAGGUCAUAUAUGUGCAAUUAGAAAACAUGAUGUAACUGCAAAAAUUUUAUGUCACUGUGUGUUCGUUUUUUUGUAACUACAACCAUCACCCAUGUCACUACAACCACCGCCCGUGUCACUGUAGCCACCACCCAUGUCACUACAACCACCGCCCGUGUCACUGUAGCCACCGCCUGUGUCACUACAACCACCGCCUGUGUCACUGUAGCCACCGUCCGUGUCACUGUAGCCACCGCUCGUGUCACUAUAGCUCCCACCCAUGUCACUGUAGCCGGACACAACCGCAGUGACGCCGUCGCAGUGACGCCACCGCGUGCUAUUGACACUCCGGCACAACCCUUGCACCUUGUCCUAGCCUAGAGCCGUCCAUCAACCCCUCACAACCAGAUCCACCCCCAACACCGCCCAGAUUCACCCCCCCCCCCCCCCCCCCCCAACACAACCGGCCAAAGUCUGCGACCUGCCAACCUCCGCUGUCAACCACCACACCCCAGCCCCUACCUCACCCAGCCCCCUACCUCACCCACCCCACUCCCCUGUCUCAUCCCAGCCCCCUGCCUCACCCACCUCACUCUGCGUCACCCAACCCACCUGCCUCACCAGAUCUCAGUCCCAGCGGCCAGAUUUCUAACCUUAGCAAUGGAGACCAUCACAGAAGGAUAAAUUAAAGAAGAAGGGAUGAAAUUGCAGAAGAAGAAAUGAAAUCGCAAAGCUUCUCCAGUCGUCAAUGGAUUCCAAGCUUUGGUCGUCGUCCAUUGGAGCCAUAUCCGAAGCGUCGUCCUUCAUUCCGAGCUCGCCGAAGUGGUGAAUCAUCUGGAGUUGAGCGGAUUUGGAGCAGACACGACGGAAGGACAAAGCUUGUGGAGCAGAUCUGGAGCGGGCGGCGUCUGGUGGUGUAGGCGGCGAGAUUCGCUGUCUUCGACGGAGCUGGUGACGGAAGAAGAUAGGCGAUGCAGAGCUGGUAGAUCUCGGAGCAGAUGCGAAGAGCUUGUUCAUCUCGGAUGAUGAUGCAGAUGGAUGCGGCCUGCGGGCGACCUGUCUAAUUCACGGGAGACGGAGGGAGGGGUCACGUUUUGGGGAAAAACAAAAGUGGUUAUAUUUUUUGAAAUAGAAACCUGGGGAGUAAUAAUAGGGCCAUUGUUUCAUAUGUGAUUGGCAUGCGGAUGUGAUUCUUGGCUUCUCUAAUUAAUUUGUUUGUUGUGAGUUCUCUCUAGGGCUUUGACUAUGUCGGCCGCUGGAGCCUUUUUCCGAUUUCGACUUUGUCGAAGAUCGGCUUUGCUAUCCCUUAGCUUGGUCGCUGGUGCUCGGCUGGAGUCCAAGUCAGACGCGAAGGGCGGAGAUCGGUGGAGGAGGACGGAUUUGCUGUCAUGGCUCGAGGAGAUCGGCGAUGUGGUCAAGGGUCGAGGAUGCAGCGUUGCUGACUUGCUGUCGUCGUUGGAGAAGAUCGGCGCCGCCUAUCCGUUUACUCUGGUCGCACGGAGCAUGGAUGAGUUUGGUUAUGUGGGGAAAGAGGAUUGAUGCAUGGUUUUUGGCAGCCAAAUGUCAUGGAGGAUCAAUUAGCAUGGUACCGGUGGUACGACAUGCUCUUGAACCACCACCAUGGGAUGUACAAGGCGUUAGAGUUCGUGAAAGUUUUUCUUGUAGUUUUUAUCUGUUUGUUAUUUGUUUUCUUGUGUCUUUUUGUGUUGUUGGUUUUGACAGUUGUUUGAGUUUUUUUGCCGCUGUUUAUGCCAUUGGGUAUGGUUGGAUCUAUGAGAACAGAUUUGGUUGUGUCAAGCCCACUACAUGGUUAGCGAUUCGUGUUGCUCUCUCAGGGGUGACCGUCUCAAAGUCUCACCAUAAGGUUAUAGUCGUAGUUGUUGGAGUUUCAGUUGGUGUCAGUUUUAUUUUCUCUUUGUUUAAUGUAAUGAUCCUGAAUCUUUUGAUAUGAAUAGAGGUCUGUUUUGAUAAUUAAAAAAAUUGGCUAAACGCCC